AUGUUGAGGUUCCAGAGUGACGACCGUCCAUACAAGCAGAGGAAAAAUUUAGCCUCUCGGAUGAAGGAAACAACUGAUGUCAGGACGAAGUAUCCAAGCAAGAUUCCGAUUAUCCUUGAGCGUUACCAGAAGGAGAGGACACUCCCUCCGUUGGGCCGGGUCAAAUUCCUGGUUUCAGGGGAUCUAUCUAUGUCUCAGUUUGUCUACAGUCUGAGGGCCCGCCUGUCCCUGACAGCCACUCAAGCCUUCUACCUGCUGGUGGACAACAAGAGCCUGCCCUGCCUGAGCCUGACUGUCUCGGAGGUCUACGCAGCCCACAAAGAUGACGACGGCUUCCUCUACAUUAUCUAUGCAUCUCAAGAUACGUUUGGGGGGAUUAUUCCAUCUGGCAAGCUGAAGUGCUUGCACUGA